AUGUGUCGAAAUAAUCCUCAACUACCACAACAAUUUCUUAGCAGAAUAAACACUCCUAAUUUAUUCUCUCAACUUCCCCAACAAAAUCCUCAAACUGGUACAAGAACUCCAACACUUAAUUUGCCACAGCAUUCGAAAACAACCCAACCGUCUCCAAGUGAGGAAGGAAGUAAUUCCGAAACCCAAAUUCCUUCAUCUCCAAGCAGGGAUGGAAGCGAUUCUGAAACAUCAAAUGAAGAGUACAGCAGUGAAUCACAACCAUCACAAUUCGAUGAAGAUGUUCUUCAGAUAAACCUCCCACAACUUAACCAAACACAAUUCAACCUGAAAUGGAGAGUAGAUGAAGAUAAAGCUCUCCUUUCGGCUUUUAUGAUGUCAGGGGUAGAUCAACUCAAGGGCACCAGUGAAACAUCGAGAGAAAAGUGGGUGAAUAUUAUGCGAGACUUUGAGUUGGCUCGACAAGAGGAUCCUUACAACAUCAGGCAUAGAAAAAUGGAGGCUAUCAAAAGUCGAUGGAGAAGAAUGAAUUUGUCUGUGAAAAAGUGGGUUGAUGUGUACGCAGAAGCAAAGAAACAGAAAGGCAGUACAUCAAGUGAGGCUGAUAUCUUGGCCGAAGCCCAUAGGAUGUAUCAAGGGUGCUCAAAUGGAGCACAGUUCACAUUCGAGCACUCGUGGGACAUAACGAAGCAACAUCGUAAUUGGCAGGGCUCAAUGAAACAGUAG